AUGCCGCCGGCGCAUCGCGGUCCCACCGGGUCGCCGAUGGAUCGAUGGACCGAUGCCUCGCCAAGUGCCAUCUCAAGUGGCUUUCAGAUCGCCAUGUCGUUGGGUCCGCAACCUUCCCUCAGUGGUCUCUCGCGCAGCAUGACCGCCGCCAGCUUUGCCAACACGGACGACGAAGAUGAAGACGACGACGACGACAACGACAACGACCCAGAAGGCGUUUCCUCUACCAAUUCUGCAGCCAAGAAGGCCAACACCAAGACUACAAAGUCCAAGAAAGCUACUGUCACCUCUGCUGCUGCCACCAAAGGCAAGGAUUCCAGGGCUGCUCAACUUAGAAAGGAGCAAAACAGAGCCGCUCAGCGAGAAUUUCGACAGCGCAAGCAACAGUACAUACGUGCUCUCGAAGCCAGGGUCGAGCUUCUCUCUUCCGAUCACGACACACAGGUCAACCGUCUUCGUUUCGCUUUGCGUCACUUGCUCGCCGAAAACAACACUCUGCGUGGCAUUGUCGGCAAUCUGGCGCAUUUCAUUGGAAAACGUAGUAUCGGUGGUUGUCUGGUCGAAUCGGGCAUGACCAUGGAAAUGCUCGAAGCAACCAUGAACUCAUCCAGCGAAAAAGUCAUGUCGGAAGCAUGGGCCAACUGGCCAGGAGCGGGAGAAUGUGAAGCGCUCAAGCAGAUUCGCAAGGAGAGCAACAUCCCUGCCGAAGGUUUGCCUGAAAGCAAGCUUGUCAACUACUUUCGAGACACAAACAGCAAAGCUGCCAACAACGCUUCUAUUUCGGACGCUGCCAACAACAGCGACAAGAAGAAGAGGACCAUGGAUGACGCUGCAUCUAAAGAUGCCAAACGAAAACGCAACACGGACGACCUACCCCCCACAGCCGCUCCGAUAUCCACUUCAAACCAGCCCGCAUCCAACUCUGCACAAAGCAGUCCCUCCACCGUGUUCAAUGUGGUGACAACCGCUCCAACCUUCACCGCCUCUCCCCACAACAUGAGCAGCAUCGACGAUCCAUCCUGGCAGCAGCAGCAACAACAGCAGCCAUCGCAAAUUCCCUAUGCCCUCCCGAACCAGUUCUGGCAGCCCGCCCAGGGCGGAUUCUCGCGUCAGGAUCCCGGCGGCGUCGAUUCCAUGUUUGCACAGACGCUCCUUGGAGGCGGAAAUGCGAAUUUCUCCAACUUGGCCUCGCUCUUUCCCGACCAAGCCGCCAUGAAUCAGAACCUCUUUUCGCAACCAGAUGCAGCUGCAGCCAGCUUCAACGGUCUUGUAUCUACCAACAGCAGCAACGGCGAUGGCGCCGUAACCAAUUCGAAUCCUGCUUCCAACUUCCUUUUCUUUGGGGCUGGCUUGCUACCAUCGACGUCCAGUUUCGCUCCAACGCCGGCAGCCGCUGAUUUGGCAACUUCAGUUGCGCCUGGUGGAGGAGCUUCCGGUGGCACCCUUGUGAUGCCAUCCAGAGCGACAGGCGGGAUUAAGACGAUCAUGCUUCCAAGCAGCAGCCGAUUACCGCCCGAGCAUGUGCGCGCUCUGCGUCGCCGAUAUGCUCGCUGUGUUGCCCAGGUGAAUCGGCUCUGGGCCAAGCGGGGUGCUACGUCGUUCCUAAAUCUGCCAAACGACUAUCAGCUGGACGAGGAAGACAUUCGAUUCAUCGAGCAGCAGGAAGCCACCAAUCCACACGUGAAACUCGCCGCCAUUCGAUUGCCAAACAACUGGGACGAAGGUGACUUUACCUCGAACGGCAAAAGCGGAGCACCUCAGGGCAGCUCCGAGGCUGAAUCUGCGUACGACAAUAACGACAAGGCGGACAAAUUUCUCCAACUCGCGUACCACAUGAACAACUACCGAAUCAACGCCCACUACAACCUUCCUCCCAGUCUCAAACCGACCUCACUGCAGCGAUCUACGCCGCACGACCCGGCGAUCGACGGUAUGCCGUGGCCGUCGAUCCGUGACAAGAUGAUUCAAAUGCCACAGCUCGAGCCGCACAGCGUCAUCAUCGACCUCAUCCGAUUCUUGGCCGUGUUCAAUGGCGAUCCUAACUCGGAAAAGACGUGGGUGUUGACUCUUCCGUUUCUCAUCCGAUAUCCGCAAUUGGCAGAUGCAGCAUUGCUCGCCAACACAAAUGCGCACAGGGCGACAAGAGGCGAGCCAGAGGUGACCAUGGAUGACGUGUGGAAGGAGCAUCACAGGUUUCGCGAGUAUACACAAGCCAAGCUCAAGGAGAUGAAUUGA